GCAGCCCUCCUAAAGCCACCCUUUAUUACUCUCGGAAAUUCCGGCUGCAUGCAUUGAGUCUACCCUACAUCCAAAGUACCUUCCCGGCUCCCUCCAUCCCAACAACCUCGUGGUGUGGUCCGAACACCGCCCCCAUCACCCUGAUCGCGACACCGUUCGCUUCAGUAAAGCACAUCCAGGAUGCCAGAAGAAGCUAUCAAAUAUCCGUAUUAUAUCGCCAACUGGUGGCUUCAUGAAAAACUUGGGGAAGGGUUUUCAGGCGCUAUCUUUCGCGCAAGCCACCUCCAUACGCGGCAGCAGGUCGCCGUGAAGCUCCAGCCUGUUGACGCUGAAUGCCCUACCAAUCUCUAUGAACGCACCUUCUACCCAGCGCUCCAAGGUGGUACCGGCAUGCCCACGCUAUGGGCCGCUGGCGUGGAGGGAAAGUUUGAUUAUCUCGCCAUAGACCUCCUGGGCCCCAGUCUUGAAUCCCUCUUCCGUCGGAGUGACAGGAACGUUAUGGACCUGCGCAGCGUGUGCUGCAUUGCAAUGCAAGUGAUAGAGCGCAUUCAAUUCAUGCACUCGCGCGGUAUCCUCCACAGAGACAUUCAACUCGGGAACUGUGUAGUCGGCCUGCCGCCGAACGACCGGCUGAUCUACAUGAUCGACUUCGGGUUCUCCAAGUUCUACAUCGACCAGCGUACGGGACGUCACAUACCCGAUAGCAAGCAGAAGCGCGAUUUCAUCGGAAAUUACUGGUUCACCUCCGUGGGCGUUCAUUGUAGGGGCAAGGUGCCCUCGCGGAGAGACGAUAUGGAAGCAGUCGCGCUCAUGCUCAUCCAUCUCCUCACUCCUGGUGGAAUCAGCUGGACGCGCAAUGGCGUGCCCAAAACUGACGCCGCCCACAAUCGGCUCAAGCGCGAAAAGCGCGACGCCCGGCCGGAGGACCUCUGCAAAGGGCUUCCCGCUGAGUUCGAGGACUUUCUUCGAUACUGCCGGCGGCUCCACUUCGCGGACUGUCCCGAUUACGCGUUCUGGAUCAACGAGUUUCGCGAGCUUGCGGAGGAGAACGGCUUCCCUGACAAUUCGCUCUUCGUCUGGCCUCCUCCAGAACCUGCGCCGUCAAUACAUGCCCUCUCUCCCAGACGGCCAGGACCUGUCUCGCCGCACACAGUUGAUGGCAUCCUGCAAGACCUCGCGAAUCUGCAAUUGGGUGACAGACGGAUUUUGGGCGAGCGGAACACGAACGCGAACAAGCCUGGCCAGAACGGUAACGACGCAGGGCUCGGGCCAGCGCAGGAGAAUGUCAUCGUCAUCAGCAGCGCGAACGAGAACUCGCGCGGCAAGCCACCAUCGCAGACGAGGAUGACCAAAGCGAUGCACCUCACGAAGCUGGCACGCGCCAUGGGCGACGCGCAUGACAACGAGAACCUUGCGAAGGUAGUGCAGCAGUUCGUGGAGCUGCUGCAAGCAAGCCGUUCGCGGACGCUGACCAAAGAGGGCUUCGCGGUGCUCGACGCGCUCCACAAGCAGCUCGCGGACCCAUCCGUAUACAUCACGCCUAUGCGCACGUCCCGCUCGAAUGAUGGAGACCAGGUGCCGGGGCAGGAGCCACGCUAUGUCAAGAUGAACAAGCUGCUCCAGCUGAGGACGGGCGUCGCCAGGGCGCAGAACAACCGUGCGCUCGCGCAGAUGGUGGUGGACUUCGGCGCUGUCAUCAACAAAAGCAACGGGCGGACGAUCACCAAAGACGCGUUUGGGUUCUUGGAGAAUCUUGCUGAUAGAUUGCAAACAUUGGCUUGAGCUACUCGCGCAUGGACUAUAGUAUUAUCGUUUUGGCCUUCUUGAGUGUAUCGCAUUCCAUCCCCACACACUACAGUACAAUUUGGCUUAGCAUGUUGUAUAUAUAGUAGUCGAGCGUCUGAUCGCAUUCGGAGCGUACUUACGGUCAGGCAA